AUGCAGGCCAAGUUCACUCUCCUUGCGGUCCUUGCCGCUGUGGCCUCGGCCGCCGUCACCGGCGAGAGGGGCCGCUUGGGCUGUGGUACUCACGAGCCCACCCCUGAGCAAAUUGAGAUCGCCAAGCAGCUCGCCGAGCAGGAGGCUGCUGCCGCCAAUGCCACCAGCGGCGAGUUCAGCUUGGCUGCCGCGGCCACCAUCAACGUCAACACCUACUUCCACGUUGUUGCUUCCUCCCAGACCGUGGCCAACGGCUACAUCACUGACAAGAUGCUGUCUGACCAGCUGGCCGUCAUGAACCGGGACUUUGCCCCCCACGGCAUCGCCUUCAACCUGGUCCAGACCACGCGCACCAUCAACCCGACCUGGGCCCAGGACGGCAACGAGAUGGCCAUGAAGCGCGCGCUCCGCAAGGGCACCUACAAGGACCUGAACCUGUACUUUGUGCGCCGGGUCACCGACGAUGCCUUCGGCUACUGCUACUUCCCCACCAACGCCGCCGCCGGAUCCACCGCCUUCAUCCAGGACGGCUGCACCAUCCUCUCCUCCACCGUCCCCGGCGGCAGCACGACCAACUACAACCUCGGCAAGACCGUCACCCACGAGGUUGGCCACUGGUUCGGCCUCUUCCACACCUUCCAGGGCGGCUGCAACGGCGGCGACUCCAUCGCCGACACCCCGGCCCAGGCCAGCUUCUCCACCGGAUGCCCCACCGGCCGUGACUCUUGCCCCAGCCUGGCCGGCCUCGACCCCAUCCACAACUACAUGGACUACUCUUACGACUCUUGCUACGAGGAGUUCACCCCCAACCAGCAGACUCGCAUGUACAGCUUCUGGAACCAGUACCGCGCUUCGGCUUAA